AUGACCCAGCAUGACGGCGGGUGGUCACAGGACAAAGACACGGAGCUUGUGACUCUAGAGCAGCUCUAUGAGCAGCUGAAUACUAUGCAUACGGCUGGCGUAGCGCAAGAACAUGCACAAAUCCACGCCCUGCAGGCGAUUGAAUCAGAGCGACGCAUCGUGGAAGACGCGCUGCGCGAUUUGGACAUGGAAGAAGACAAUGGCACACAAGAAUAUGUGGUAAGGCCCAUCGACGAGGCUAGCAAAUAUGCAGUCCCACAUUUGAGUCAUGAGCAGAUUCAGGCUAUACCCUUGCUGCGUACCCAUGCAGAGGAACGUCGGCGAAUGCGAGCGCUAUUAUCGACACCGCCAUGGAGUGCUCGUGAUAUUGAAUGUCUGCAAACAUCUGUUCAGAACGAGUCGCUGCGUCAAAAUACGUUGUACGGCACGCCUGAAGCUAAGGACUGGAGCAGGAUCUCGGUGCAAGUACCUUAUCACACGCCGCGAGAUUGCCGCACUCGCUGGACCAUGACACAGCGCCCGGGUAUCAAUCAUGCGCGAUGGAGCACAGCGGAGAAGAAGCAGCUGUUGGCGUAUGUUGAUGCGGUUUCUAUACCCUCUUGGGAAGAGGCGGCAGCCAAGCUUGGUACGGGUCGCACAGGAUACCAGGCACUCGAGAUGUACCAGCGCAGUGCGAAGCGACAAGUGGAAUGGACGCCUGAGCUGGACAAGGCCUUGUUACAAGCUGCGCGUGCCGUAGGACCUGACUGGAAGACGAUUGCACAGAAGCUCGGCUAUCCUGUGAGCUGUGCAUUUCAAUGCCACCAGAGACACAACAAGCUCAAGAGCUCGGCGAUGGUCCUGGGUCGCUGGAGUCCCGAGGAGGAUGCAGCGCUGCGUGCAGCCGUUGCACAAUUUGGCUGCGACUGGAAGCGCAUUGAGAUCCAUGUGGCCGGGCGUACAGGCCAGCAGUGUCGUGAGCGCUGGGUGGGUCGUCUUGCCAACAUUCCUGAGGGCAAGAAAAAGGCCGCUCGGCGCACAUGGACCAAGGAAGAAGACGAUCGUCUACGUGCGUCUAUGGAGAAGUGCCAGUCGUGGGUCGAGGUCGCCGCGCAGGUCGGUGGGCGAACUGAUAAAAUGGUGCGUGAGCGUUGGCUGCUGCUCAAGCGCCGUGAUGAAGCGCAACAUGCAUCUACGUAG